GGCUGAGUGGGAGUGAUUUUCUGGCCUUCUGGGCUUAUUUUGGAGCGGACAGUUGUCCAUUUUUCAGCCUUAUACUUGCUGCAAUUAUUCCUCCAAGUUGAAGACGAGCUCCAAGAACACCGGGGAAUAGCGUGGGAAAAGGACGACGGUUUUUCUCUCAAGCGGCUGCCGGGGGAAAUGGCGGCGACGAGGCUGCGAGGUUCGAGCCCGGCUGCUAAUUCGGGUAAUAGCAUGUCUUCUAGAGUUUUGCUCUACUCUCUGUUGCUGGCUCUUCAAUAUGGCGCUCAACCUCUCAUCUCCAAGCGCUUCGUCAGACGAGAAGUUAUUGUGACUACAUUGGUCUUGACAUGUGAGAUCGUUAAGGUUGCAUGUGCUGCAAUUCUCAUGGUGAAAGACGGUUCUAUGAAGAAAUUAACCAAGGAAUGGAGUCUGGUUCGAUCACUGACGGCAUCAGGACUUCCUGCAGCAAUUUAUGCACUGCAAAACAGCUUACUCCAGAUAUCUUACAAGAAUCUGGAUUCGCUCACAUUUUCAAUACUGAACCAGACCAAGAUAUUCUUUACUGCCUUGUUCACCUAUAUAAUCUUGAGGCAGAAGCAGUCAAUCCAACAAAUUGGGGCAUUGUUCCUGUUGAUUAUGGCUGCUGUUCUUCUCAGUGUCGGUGAAGGCUCUAGCAAAGGAACUACUAGCAGUAACCCUGAUCAGAUUUUGUUCUAUGGGAUUGUGCCUGUACUGGUUGCGUCAGUUCUUUCUGGUUUAGCUUCAUCCUUGUGUCAAUGGGCUUCUCAGGUCAAGAAACACUCGUCAUACCUCAUGACAAUUGAGAUGUCUAUUGUUGGGAGCCUGUGCUUAUUGGUCAGCAUGACAAAGUCUCCGGAUGGUGAAGCAAUCAGAAAGUACGGGUUUUUUCAUGGCUGGACUCCAUUAACCUUGAUCCCUGUUCUAGCCAAUGCCCUAGGUGGAAUUCUCGUCGGUCUUGUCACAAGCCAAGCGGGAGGCGUUAGAAAGGGUUUUGUCAUUGUUUCUGCACUUCUAGUGACGGCCUUGCUUCAGUUGGUCUUUGAGGGCAAAUCUCCUUCGGCGUACUGUGUGGUUGCACUGCCACUAGUGUUGACCAGCAUUUCGGUAUACCAGAAGUAUCCAUAUCAAGUUAAGAAGAAACCAUUGUAGAGCUCCAUGCUUAGGGUUCAUGUCGUGUGCUACUGAACACUAGAUCCUAUAUAGUUUUCUUUCCCUUUCCUCCCUUGUAUUUUGAAAGGGCUUACUUGUAGCUUUGAUUUGAGUUUCUUACCGAUCUCCAACUAGAACACACUGCAGAAUUACGUUUUACUGGCCUCUCUGCAGUUGUUAAGGUAGAAGUAUUACACAUUGUCCUCUCUCCUGUUGGGAGGUCGAGGAAGUGAUCGAUUGUGAGUUGAACAAGUACUCUAUUCUGAAGAUCCAGAAUGUAUUCUUUAGGGUCCCGAUUGUCAAACAAUUGUGAUUGAUAUAAUAACAUUUAGAGGUUUAA